UGCAAUCAUAUGCAUAUUAAUUUUGCAAUAUUUUGUAUUUUAAGAUAUAAAACAUAGCUACAGACUCAAUACAUUGUCCUUUUUGUUUAUUUUAAUCGGUGGUAGCAUAAGAAAUCUUGUGUUGAAUUCAUGUCCAACUCGGAAAAUUUGCAAACGGCUAGAAGACGCCAAAAAGAAGGGGCUCUGAACGGCGAAAAAGUGGAGCAGAAAGCUCACAGUGAACAGUCUGCUCUGAAUAUCGCAGACGAAUCGAAACCUGUUGAGGUAGGCUGUUGUGUGUGUAUUGUAAGAUUAAAGAAACUCUUUAGUUAUAAAGCUAUAAAACAUUUAAUUUUAAGGGUAGCGGUUGACAUUUUAGUGGAAAUUAAGAUCAAUGUUGAUCAAGUAGUUGUUGACAUCAUGUGAUCGCGUGUUUUGACCCAAAGUCCAAAAUUAUUAAAAACGUCGUUGACAUCUGUCGAUAGCGGCUUUGGCCUGUCAUUUUGUUAUAGCUUCCAAUAUUGCAUCAUUUCUGGCUUUGAUUGAAUACUGCAAAGGUUGAAAUGCAACAUUUAAUAAUUGUAAUACAGCAUAUAUGUUUGAUGUCAUUUGAGCAAUUACUAUGUCCAAUUACUAUGCCCUUGGUAAGCCCUUGGUAAGCCCUUGGCAUCAAAGGGCAAAGGCUUACCGAAGCGACAGAUUAGAGACUUCACAGAAAUCCGACUUCUUGUUGGCGCCCAUGAUUUUGCCUUAAACUGUUGCAAUUCUGUCGCAAUGUUCCUAACCAGUGUGCAUAAGAGGGGCAUUCACCCCCGAAAAUACUCAAAAUGGCAAGCAUUUAGGGGGUGAAUGCCUCUUGUAAGCCCACUGGCUAGAAACGAGAAGGCGUGGCAGUGGUUACCUUUUUUGGCUGAGUCUGUGUCUAUUCUGUGCCGAAGCUGUGUUAACAUUACAAGCCUAGGUCUAGGCUAGCUUGGCCAGAUUUUCACAUUUGAUUGAUAAUAUGUCACUGUUAUUUAGCAACAAGAAGACAAAGAGCAAUUCCUGGCUACUUUAAAUCCCAGGUAUUGUCAUUAUUCCAUUUGAAUCUGUUCAUUAAUACAUUUUAAGCUGCAGAGCUUCCCCAUUGAAGAGUAAAAUUGUCUGGCAUUAGACAAGUAAAAAAUAUAAGUAGGGCGCAAUGGGGUACAUUAUGGCUCAAUGGGUUAACUGGAGACAUUGUCAGAUUUUUUGGUUAACCAUUAAGCUGGAGAGCUUCCCCAUUGAUGAGUAAAAUUGUCUGGCGUUAGUCAAGUAAAAAAAUAAGUAGGGCGCAUUGUGGCUCAAUGGGUUAAAGUAUUGCUGGGAAUACUUAAAUUGCCUUUAUUAAAAAUGCUUCGUUAAAUAAUUACUAGAUGGCGAAACUGGUGGAUCAGAACCAUAUUUACGUGGUUCAUGAUUGGAUCAUUCUUCUUUAUUCUUUACCUCGGACCUCUAGCUGUGAUUGUAUUGGUAGGUUUUGUUCACUUUUUCUAUUAAAAACUUAUGUAAACUAUGGAGUGACUUGAUAUUUUAAACAUUUGGAGAGUAGCUGUGUUUAAGAAACUAUCAAAGGCCACCUUAAGUUCAACCUACUAUUUAUGGAAAACUGCAGAUAGCCACCUUAAUUAGAUUUGGAGUGUAAAGCUUAUUUGGCGAACUGCAACAAAGUGUAAAGCUUAUUUGGCAAACUGCAGACAGUCACCUUAAAAUAGAUUUGGUAGAUCGGAUAAACUGUCAAAAGCCACUUUAAGUGCAACUUGUUUAUAUGGGAAUUAUAGUGAGCCACCUUAAGUGCAACUGUUAAGAGCCACCUUAACAUUGGCUCGUUAUUUGGAAAACUGUAGAUAGCCACUUUAAAAUUUAGAAUGAAUAAACUGUCAAAAGCCACCUUAAGUGCAGCUUGUUAUUGUGUAGAGAGCCACCUUAAGUGCAACUUGUUAUAUGUGUAUAGAGCCACCUUAAGCGCAGCUUGUUAUAUGUGUAUACAGCCACCUUUAGUGCAGCUUGUUGCUAGAAAAGUAUAGGUAGAGCUACCUUAAGAUAAGAUUUUUUUGGAAAAAUGUAGAGGACCACCUUAAUUAUUUUCAAUCUAUUUUCUCAGAUCCAAUGUAUUCAAAUCAAAUGUUUUCAUGAGAUUAUCUCUAUUGGUCAUAAGAAGUAUCAGAGUUUAAGUCUGCCUUUGUUCCGAACUUUGAGCUGGUAAGUAUAUUAUUAUGAAUGGCCUGAUUUAUAGGAGAGAUAGACAUACAUCCCCCCCCCUGCCCUCUACAAUGGUUGGUAACUAUAUUCGCUUCUUCUUCAGGUACUUUUUACUCUGUAGCAAUUACUUCUUUUAUGGUGAAAGCAUCUCUGAAUACUUUCAAGGAUUACUUACUCAUGAGGUAUGUUAAGUCUCAAACCUUAAGUGAUGGGGUUUGGACAGGAGUUAACAUUAAAAAUUGGAAAUAUCACAUUCUCCAAAUAUUUUUCUCCAUUACAGCACAUUAUUUUACAAUAUCUAAUUCAAUACCAUCGACUAAUAUCUUAUGGAAUGUAUUGUAUUGGUAGGUAGAAAAUUCUGAUAGUCUGUCUAAAACUUUGAAAAUAUAAAGAUAAAGACUGUACUCCAUAGCUGUUAGCCAUGAGUAAAACCAUGUUCAUUUCUUAAUCAAAUUGAAAAUAUUAUUGCCAUUAUAGGAAUAAUGUUGUUUGUCAACAGCUUGAAAAAAGACUUUUAUAAAAAACAAUUUGCUCUGGUUGGUAUAUUCCUUUGGUUUUAAUUUUGUCAAUUCUAAACUGUUCUUCCUAUAAAGAGGUCCAUUCCAGGAUGCACUUUGCUUCACCUAGAAUAUUUUUAUAUUUUCUUCAAUAUUUUUUCAGUUUGGUUGGACUCACAUCACACUUCUGGUGAUUGUCACACAGUCGCAUCUUGUCAUCCAGACUUUGUUUGAAGGAAUGAUGUGGUAGGAAUGACUUAUUGUUCACACAGAUAAUGGUAAAAAAGAUCUGCACCUUAGGGACUGGUCAUUAUUUAUGACCGGGGGGGGGGGGGCAUGGGAGAAACAUUUUCUUGGCCAAAUUUUUUAGUGACCCAACCUUCAAAAAAAUCUCCACCCAACCCCAGCACUCAUUCAAAAAUCUUAGACCCACCCUAACUUAAUUUUGUCAAUAUAAGCUAAAUUGACUUAUUUGAGUUUUUGAGAGAACAAAAAACCCAACAAGUAUGAACUCUGUCACUUUAUCAUGACUGUUAUGGCAGGUUCAAAUGGAAUACUUUGCAAAUCAAUAUAUAAAGUAAAUUGUAUUUAUUCGAUCUUGAUAAAACAAGUAAUAAAUACAACUAUUUUAGUAUUUUCUGACUUAAUGAUUUUUACUUUACCCACCCCUUGGCUUGGUGAAUUUUUAUACAACCCACCCAUUUCCACCCAUAAAAUUUUGUUAACCCCCAUUUUCUCUUCGGGCCCCCCCCCCUGGCCAUAAAUAAUGACCGGUCCCUUGCAAGCAAUGAUUUGUUUUUUGUAGAAACCUUGUACUAUAGUAGUGUACACUACUAUAGUAGUGUUAUCAAUGUAUAUAUGUAUCAGUUUAAAGUGAUGAAAUAAUUUCUAUUUCCUAUUCUAUUGCGCAUUUUUCCCAUGAUUAGAUUAAUAAAACCCAAGUAUUACUUGACAGGUUUUUCCUGCCAGUAUCAAUGGUGAUAUGUAAUGAUAUUUGGGCUUAUAUUUUUGGUAAGACUUUGGUUUUUAUACUUUAACUUUUAUUUUCACUAUGUAUUACCAGAUGGUAAACAACGUUUUAACAUUUUUUACAGGCUUUUUCUUUGGAAAAACACCAUUAAUCAAGGUAUAUUAAUAAAGCAUUAGAAACAAGGUUUCUUAAACGAUUUUUCAGCAAUCUGCGUGGUAGAAAUAUUAUGAAUACGUAGUAAAUUAACGUGUUAAUGAUUGUUUUAAUAUUUUUAACAGCUGUCGCCAAAAAAGACGUGGGAAGGUUUCAUAGGUGGAGCUAUCAUGACGAUCGUUUAUUCUUUUGUUGUACGUAUCAAAUUGUGUCUAUUGAAAUCAAUAGACCUUUCCCCUUAUGAGUGAAAUUUUGAUCUAGAUAUGCCUGCACAAAAAUUUCAUCACAGCUUGAAAGAGCAUCACAAAAUUAGUAAUAUUCCGAAGUUUCGUUGCGAAAUGUUGUAAAAUGCGGAGAAUAUAGGGAAAAUACGGGAAAUUGAUAAUCAGAUGAUCAAACUGAUUACCAAUUUCCCAUUUGUAAUACGAAAUGACUGGAAAACGGCAAACUUCGCAAGGCUAUAUUAUCCGCAUUUUACAACAUUUCGCAACGAAACUUUGGAAUAUUACUAAUUUUGUGAUGCUCUUUCAAGCUGUGAUGAAAUAUUCGUCCAGACUUGUCUAGAUCAAAAUUUCACUCAAAAGGGGAAAGGUCUAUUUGCUAUUCAUAUAGAUACAUUUAUGAACAAAGAAACGACUUGGUCUGAAUUUGUUAUAUUAAAUUUCAGGGAGUAUAUAUAAUGUGUCAAUUCGAGUACUUCACUUGUCCUGUCGAGGUUAGUGUCCAAUCAGCGAAUCCAACGAAACACUUCAUUGUAUUGAAAUGUCUUUUGUUUCUUGUCCAUAACUUAACUAUUUUCGUUUCUCCCAUAGUACAACAGCGAAAGUAAGACAUUCCUCACAUCAUGUACACCAGCAGCGCUUUAUCAAAUCACCUCCUAUCCCCUACCAGUAUUUCUUCAUUACCCAGUACAAAUGGUAAGUGGUAACGAUUUACACCCAUUUUGCCUCCUCUGAAAUUAGCGUUCCUAAAAGGCACGGAUACUCGGUGGUGUCAAGUAACGAAGUAAAUGUACUUCGUUACUGUACUUGAGUACUAUUUUUGAGAAGUCAGCAUGUAACAAAGUGAACUUUUUCUGGAGUACUUUUACCUGGAACGAAGUCGUUUUAAGAAGUAACGUUUUACUUCGUUAUUUUCAUUUUGUGGCGAAGUAUUUCGUUACUUUCGAACUUUUGUUUAAUCUUACGUGAUUUAUUCCUGAUUUAUUUUAAUAUUGGGACAGGUAAUAGGACCUCUAGAUGUGUCUGGAAUCUCUCAUUUGUACUUGGCUUUCUUAUAAACACUAAUUUCAAUGGGGUCUGCAUUUUCUUUCGUGUCGAAGUCAUUAGUUCCACUCUGGUGCUCAGGAAACAAAGAAAUACGCUACGUUUCGGUACGAUUGAAGUGGAAAACAGGCUUAAAUGUAGCCUGUGAUUUCAUGUUUUUUUUCUAUGUAGUUGGGUUUUGAAAAAGCUGUUAUUUGGAUGUAUCCGAUGCAGAUUCACGCUUUCUUCCUGGCGUUGUUUUCAUCUUUGAUCGCUCCAUUCGGUGGCUUCUUCGCAAGUGGUUUCAAACGUGCAUUCAAAGUGAAGG